AUGUUUUGUAGAGAUGAUGCACAAACUGCCCAAGAUGAUGAAAACUGUGAAGUUGGGUUGCUCUGCUUGAAGAUUAAAAACAUACUGGAGGAUUUAUUCUCUGACACUCACCUGGCAGAAGACGGAUUUCUGCCGAAGCAUGUGCAGAAGACCAAGCAAGGUUACGUCAGUCUCAAGCUUCUUACUUGUUUGAAAAAUAUAAAGGCCCUGACCAAAAACUGGGACAUGACUCUAGUAGCAGCAACAUACUCAGACCUUCUGGAAGUGAAUGAUGAAUGCACCAAAGUGAGGCGCAUAAAGCCGCUUCCACGGUGGCUGCUGUGCUCUCCCACCAGCAAACUCUUACUCACCUGGAAUAUUUUUGAGGACCAAAACAGAGAAGACGGAGCAGCCAGGGUCCCGGAGCAUCCUUCACUCUCAGAAAGGGUCCUGCAAAGGUUCAGUAUUUAUGGCUCUGUUACUUCAGUUUGGAUCCUGCAUCCUGGUGAAGAGCUUCCCAGGGAGCUGCAGUGUUAUGCAAAACGCCACAAAGAGCUUGGCCAGCAUUUAUGUGCGGUGGUAAAGUUUGAUCGCUUGGAGGCAGUUCGUGAGGCCUUCAAUGCCCUGAAAGCAGAAGAGGAGAAAUCCAAAGGGAAGGGCAUACAUGUGGUGCCUUUGGGAUUCAAGGCAACACAUUACUUUAAUGAAGACAAAUUAUCAGAAGAAAGCAGUGGAGACUACUUUAUGGAGAACUCACCUUUUCAAGAACAUCCACUAGAAAACUUCAAGGACUGCAAGGAACCAUCUUCACCAGUUAAGGUUUCUGACAAAACUGGACGCACACAUCCGCCCCAAACAUCCUCAGAUAACGCCAUUUGGAGAACCUCUGACCAGAUGUUCUCUAGCUGUGAUGGCAAGUGUUUUUCUCUGGAUUGAAUCAGAGGUACAGUAAGAUGAGCUGGUGCUCUGGAGACUAUGGUAAAGAGAGUUCCCAGAGCCCGUGGGUGCUCAGGCACAAAUUAGCAGCAGAUGCUUUAAACCCAAAGGUGAUGAGACACAUGAACGCACCCUGGCUGAUGCAAACAGUGCUGCG